AUGGAGCUCUUCUUGGUAAGCCUCCUUGACACAAGAAGAAGAGCCUUUUCGUCUUUAGGAACCAGCUCGGCUCCAGAUGAUGAAAAAGUUAAAGCGAAGACUAUCAGCUGCUUUCAGGGGCAGCUCUUCAAACUCAAAUCUAAAUGCGCUCCAAUUGUAUCACAACCCUACAGAACAUGGAGCUUAUCGGAUAGUAUGAGCCAACUAGCAGACAGAUUAGCUGCGGAUGGAAUAAUUGUUGAAGAGGAUUGUGCAUUGCGAAAUCCAGUACCUGAACCAAGACAUCACCGCCCUAAGCCACGAACGCAUUCAAUGUAUUCUUCGAGAAUGUAUCAUCCAACGUAUUAUGGAGAUGCCGUAGUUCAAGAAUCGUGCGUACUGGGAAGUGAUGGAGAGAGCGUCGAGGUGUCACCGUGCACAUCCGAUCAGAUGCCUAACUCGGCUCCUCGUUAUGUGGUCAAUGUUAAAAUGCGGCAAAAGCCAGCAAGAAAAUGGAGCGAGGAAGAGAUCCAGAAACGUCUUUCUUUGCCGGCCGAUCUCCGUUUGCCCGUCUCUGUACUGGAAAAGCUAAACAAGGCACCAUUGGAUCAACCGUUAACGAGGAAAAAUCGACGCGCUAGUUUGAGCGAAAUCGGUUUUGGUAAACUGGAAACAUAUGAACGAUUGGAACGGCUGGGUGAAGGAACUUAUGCGACUGUGAUCAAAGGAAGAAGUUUAUUGACGAACAAAUUUGUGGCUUUAAAGGAGAUCCGUCUGGAGCAAGACGAAGGAGCCCCAUGCACGGCCAUUCGGGAAGUUUCGUUGUUACGGAAUCUUCGACAUGCCAAUGUGGUAACGCUACACGACAUCAUUCACACAGAUCGUUUGCUGACGUUGGUGUUUGAAUAUGUGGAAAAGGAUUUAAAGCAAUACAUGGACAGCAUUCAAGAUCGUUACUACAUGAACCUCAAAAACAUUCGGUUGUUUAUCUUUCAAUUGUUGCGUGGAUUAGCGUAUUGUCAUCAGCGGAAAGUGUUGCAUCGGGACCUAAAGCCGCAAAAUCUGUUGGUGACAGCGAGGGGUGAGCUGAAGUUGGCAGACUUUGGCUUAGCCAGAGCAAAAAGUGUUCCUACGAAAACUUAUUCGAACGAAGUGGUGACUUUGUGGUAUCGUCCUCCGGAUGUUUUGUUAGGAUCAACUGAUUACUCUACGCACAUUGAUAUGUGGGGCGUUGGCUGCAUUCUCUACGAAAUGGCCAAAAUGCGGCCUCUUUUCACAUCGGUCUCCAGGGAAGAACAACUUGGUUUUAUCUUUCGAACAUUGGGCGCUCCUGACCCAGACCGGCAUCCAACUAUUUGCAGCUCACCGGAGUUUCCAAACUUCUUUCGACAAUGUUAUGACGAUGGUUUGGGACAAAAGCGUCGUCUAGAGUACAUGUGCCGAGAGUUCGACAAAAGGCUUUUUGAUCUGCUACGUCGUUUUCUACAGUAUGAGGGACGCGAUCGUAUGUCAGCUGCUGAAGCGAUGGAACAUUCUUUCCUUCGAGUGCUUCCACCUGGAGUUUUUCAAUUAAAGGACGAUGAAUCGGUUUUGACAGUACCCGGUGUAAAGCUGGAACCCGAACGAACUGAUGAGAGCCGAAUUAGCACAUUACCAGCUGAGAGAUCGUUUCUCCAAAAG